GCCCAACGCUAGCCCUCCUCGUUUCAUUGUCCCCGCUGCUGUGUUCUCCUCCGCCGACAGCAAGAUGGCUGACACCUUGGUCCUCCGAGGCACCAUGCGCGGCCACUCAGACGUGGUCACUGCCAUCGCCGCUCCCAUCGACAAUUCCGACAUGAUCGUCUCCUCCUCCCGGGACAGGUCCGUCCUCGUCUGGCAUCUCACCAAGGACGCCCCUGCCGCCAGCGUUGAUGGUGCCGGAGGGGGAUCUUCCUAUGGUGUGCCCCGGCGUCGCCUCACCGGUCAUUCUCACUUUGUCCAGGACGUGGUCCUCUCUUCCGAUGGCCAGUUCGCGUUAUCCGGUUCCUGGGAUGGCGACCUUCGUCUCUGGGAUCUCGCUACCGGACUCACCACUCGUCGCUUCUGCGGCCACACCAAGGACGUCAUCUCCGUCGCUUUCUCCGUCGACAACCGCCAGAUCGUGUCGGCCUCACGCGACCGGACCAUCAAGCUUUGGAAUACCCUCGGGGAGUGCAAGUACACCAUUCAGGAUGCCGAUGCGCACACCAACUGGGUCAGCUGCGUCCGCUUCAGUCCCAAUGCUUACCAGCCUACCAUUGUCUCUGGAUCUUGGGACCGUACUGUGAAAGUCUGGAACUUGUCUAACUGCAAACUUCGAUGCACUCUUGCUGGUCAUGGUGGCUACGUCAAUACAGUUGCCGUUAGCCCCGAUGGAUCCCUUUGUGCUAGUGGUGGCAAGGACGGAGUUACGCUUCUCUGGGAUUUGGCCGAGGGAAAGCGCCUUUAUUCGCUUGAUGCAGGAGCUAUUAUUCACGCCCUUUGCUUCAGCCCCAAUCGCUACUGGCUUUGCGCUGCCACUCAAGAAAGCGUCAAGAUCUGGGACCUCGAGAGUAAGUCUGUUGUGCAGGAUCUUAAGCCUGAGACCACUGCCACCAAGAACCAGAUGCUUUAUUGCACUAGCUUGACUUGGAGCGCUGAUGGCAGUACUCUUUUCACCGGUUACACGGACGGAGCGAUCAGAGUGUGGGAGAUACGAUACUAGAGACAUGGAUGGAGUUUCUCCUGUUUGGAGUUACAUUUUACUAGCCAGAAUUUUAUUUCUGAAUGAACAAAUUCUAUUGAUGCUUUCCUAGCUUUAAGAUACCGACUCAUUUCUGCUUAUGUCUCAUUUUGUCCUUCAUUGGAAUUUUAAGUUGCUUUUCUCAA